CCUCUCUGGGUCCUGGCGCGGCGGUGCCAGGCUUCUUCUUUGUUCCUGGGCGUGGCGGUCGGGGUGACCGCCGCGGCUGCGGCGCCUCUUUGUCUUCUCUUUGAUGGCUCCGCGGCGCGCGAGCCACGACCGACGGGGCGACCGACGACGAACGAUGCCGCGACGGUCCCAGCCCCUCCUCGGCCGUAUGGCUUGCCCCCCUGCUCUUCCUGUACCCCCUGCGGGCGUGCCACCCCUGCCCUCGGGCAUGCCGGCGCCGCUCCUGGCGCCCGGGCCCGCGCUCUGGCGCCUGCACGCCGUCUGGGGCGUGGCCUCCGCGGCCAGCCUGGGCGCGCCCCCUCGCGGCUUUGUGCUGGGGGCCCCCCUGUUGGCAGGAGGCUCGGAGGUGGACGCCCUGGAGGCCGCGGAGGCGGCGGCGCUGCGCGUGGAGCUCCUGCAGAAGGCGCCCCCAGCGGCGCCGGCGGGGCUGCUCGGUGACGGCGCUUCUCUCGGGCGGAGCCCCUUCGACUUCAGGAUCGACAGCGCGGGCAGGGCACCGCGCAGAGCCGGCCGCGUGCGCUCGCACCACAAGGGCGGCCUUGUGCGGCCUGCCACCACCGCCACGGCACAAGCUUCAUCGCGACCAUCUGGAAUUAUGCUUGCGGACAGAGGGGCGUUCCUUUGGACUUGUACGUCGACGACUACUACACAAAAGGCUGCUCGCAGUGCUACGACUUCGCCGUGA